AUGACUCAAAGCAAUGUGAAAAUGCUGCAGAGGCAUUUUCAAGCUGACACCCUUCCCUGGAACAAAAUGCUGAGACAGAAAGAACAAGGACUUCAAAGGCGCCUCUUAAGAGUGAGACAAGCAAGUGAUGAAAAUACUGGUGGCAUUGGAAGGAAAAGGUUGUUGAUUACCAUUGAUGAAAGAAGAAGCCGAAUUAGCUGAGAAGUUGGCUGCAAUCAAUAGACAGGUUGAUAUUCCUUGGCUUUGACCUUUCUAUAAGAUAGAAAAAUAAAGUUUCUAGUCCUGCUUUGGAAUGUAUAUUCUUGGCAUUGUACUGGCAAUCAGACAAAUGUGCAGUUGAAAGGAUCUGGAGCCGAGGAGGGUUCAUAAUCUGCUAACUGUAUCCCGUGGCCAAGCAAAUACAUGAACAAAGUCUUGCUG